CUUCAAGUCUAGCUGCACGUACACGAGAGUGGAGUUGGAGUCGUCGGCUUAUUUCGGGGCGCUCUUUUUUUCGGUUUCUGGAUAAAGGCGGCAAACAAAGCCCACCCUCAAAAUUGUGAUAAAAAAAUUUAAUUCAUUUCAAGCAAAAUUCAAAGCGAAAGUGUAUGAAAUAUCAAAUAUAACACUGUCCUUCGAGAAAAGGUUAUAUUUUAAAAAAUAAAUAAAGUGUCCAGUGCGAUAAAUUAAAUUUAAAAAAAUUCAUAACUAAAAAUUAUAUAACCAAAAUGAUGCAGCCAAAAGCACUAUUACUUUUCACCAUCACGAUCAUCUCCUGCGGAGUGGCAUUCGCCUGCAAUGGAAAGAUAAUUGCAUCGGGCAUCACGGCGGAGGAAAAAUCAAUCAUCUUGCAGGAGCACAAUCGCCUCCGGCAGAUCGUGGCCACCGGACGCUAUCCGGGCCAGCCGGGUGCCGAGAAUAUGCGCGAGAUUGUCUGGGACGACGAACUGGCUGCCCGGGCCCAGAAGUGGGCCGACAACUGUCAGUUCCGACACGACCCGCACCGCACGAUAAAUCGCUUCACGAUGGGUCAGAAUCUGGCCAUUAUCUGGAGCACGGCGCCGUUGGAUGCCGAUGAUGGGGACUUCCCCUCGCGCAUCCAGAGUUGGUUCAACGAGGUUCAGAAAUACUCCUUUGGAGAUGCCUGGUCCCCCAAAACUGGCCACUACUCCCAGUUGGUUUGGGGCGAGACCAGCCUGGUGGGCUGUGGAUACGCAGAGUACAAGGACACCAGCAAGUACAACAAGCUCUAUGUCUGCAACUAUGGACCAGGAGGCAACGUGGUCGGCUACAAUCCCUACGAGGUCGGCAAGCCUUCCUGCUCAACGUACGGCAUGAAGCCUUCUUCCCGCUACCAAGGACUCUGCUCCGCUCCAGGAUCUUCCGCCGCCCCAGCAGCCAACAGCGUCUAUGGAGCAAACACCAUUGAAACGUAUGAGUACGGCUACAAGAGCCAGAGCCAAACCGCAAACAAUAACCAACCGCCGACUAACAACAUUAACAAGAGCCAAAACAGCUACAACAACCGACAGUACAGUAAUCCCAAACCCGCCUCCGCUCCCGUCCCCUCUCCCGUUUCCUCCCCCUACUACCCACAGGCAGCGGUACCAGCGGCAUCGGCAUUUGGCGGCAGCUCGUUUGGCAGCGCAACGCGCGGCGGCAGCCACGCCUACACAACUGAGCCGUCGCAGCGGUAUCAGCACAAGCUCGAGGCGUACCGCCCCAGUGCGUCCGAGUUUGAGAAGUCCGUACACAAACACACCAUUCUACGCACCUAUAUAGAGCAGAACCAGCAGCGGCCACAGGUGGAGCAGGAGGAUCAGCAGGAGCAGGAGCAGCCUAAGCCCAUCACCAGUACUAAGAAGCCCAGCCGUGGAUGGAGCCUGCUGACCUGGCGCGGUUAGCCAUCCAAUUAAACCAUCUCCAAAAUGCCGCUCAAUGUAUUAGGCCAUUAAUAGCUACUGUGUAGUGCCAUUAGCCAAACCCCAGGAUCAAUCAUCAUCCCUCUGCCGCCCCUGAGUCCUAGCAAAAUGUUAUAUAAAUCCUACAAAAAUUGCCAUAUCGAGUAGUUUCGUUUCUAUAAAUAAUAUUUAUGUAA